AGGAGGUAGUGCGUUGUUCAACUUCAUCGAUGUCCGUAACAUGCGUGUAAACGUGUCCAAAACGGCCGCGGUAGCGAGUACGUGUGGACAUGGCUGUAAAUGUAUAUUCCACCUCAGUCACAAGUGACAACCUGAGCCGCCAUGAUAUGCUCGCAUGGAUCAAUGAAUCUUUACAGAUGAACCUCACCAAGAUCGAGCUGCUAUGUUCGGGUGCGGCCUAUUGUCAGUUCAUGGACAUGCUCUUCCCUGGCUGUGUGCCUUUAAAGAAAGUAAAAUUUUCAGCCAAGUUAGAGCAUGAGUACAUUCACAAUUUUAAGCUAUUGCAAGCUGGCUUCAAGAAAAUGGGUGUUGACAAAAUCAUCCCAGUCGACAAGUUGAUAAAGGGCAAGUUCCAGGACAACUUUGAGUUUGUUCAGUGGUUUAAGAAGUUCUUCGAUGCAAACUACGACGGCAAGGAGUACGACCCAGUGGAGGCACGGCAGGGCCAGGACACCAUGCCUGUGCCCAACCCUUCCAUGUCUGCCCUCAACAAGCCCAAGAAAAUCUUGAACACAGCACCACAGAGGGCAGCUGUUGCCAAGGUAACACCCAAGAUGGCGCCCAGCUCUGGACGAAGACCAGGUGCCGGUGGGGAUGACGAGAAAGCAGAACUUAUCCAGGAGGUUAACCUGCUGAAGUCUACAAUCCAGGACAUGGAGAAGGAGCGGGAUUUCUAUUUUGGCAAGCUGAGGAACAUAGAGUUGAUCUGUCAAGAGAAGGAGAGCGAGGGAGACCCCACCUUGCAGAGGAUCGUGGAUAUUCUCUAUGCCACAGACGAGGGCUUUGUCAUACCGGAUGCUGAAUCGGAGGACCAGGAGGAGUUCUAAUGUCCCCGGCGGGAGCCGGUCCUGUCCCCGCAUCACCCCCCCCCCCCCCUUCCCCUACACGUUCACACUUCUCCCGCUGUCCUAGAAACGCCUCCCAGAUCAUGUUAUGCAUUUGGACUCCGAAUGAACUCUGUAUGGAAAAUCGUUUGGGCUGCAUACAGAGCUGAAGUUUUGAAGACCCUCGUCUGACGACCCCCUUCGCGAACAGCACAAGACGGCAGUCGAAAGCAGACUCGUUCGACUGCGAGGAGACGGACCUUUCUCGCCGCAGAGACUUAGCAUCGUGUUCAGUUCCUUCUUCUUCUGUUGCUUGUUCCUGCAGCUGUAGCAGGACGUGCAGACGUAUGCAUCAUGUUAAACAUUGCCUCCAUGUCUUGACACUUUGGUUGCUAUUGUUUGAACAGAGGGCGUGUCGCCACUGUUUCCCUUGACAAAGGGGUGCUUUCACACUAAUAUUAUGCUAAUAAUGUUUCACCCCGUUAAGAGUUAAUUUUCUUUCUUUGUUUUUUUUUGGUUCGUUUGUGCGCGUUUUCCUCUCUCCACAAAAUCGCAUCAGUUUUUACCCUUGAUCGAGAAGUAAAUUGGCGAACGAAAAGAAAAGUUCUUUUAGCAGACCUUGCAAAUUGAAUCGCCCCAUUUUCUUGGGUGUUUGCGCUGCUUGUUUUAGACCUUGUCGAUUCAGUUAGAGGCCAGCAGCGGUCAGCCUGUCUCCAGCUCUGAGCCUGUGGCUGUGCCUUAGAGAGAGUGGAGGGAGACCCAGUCCCGUGUCCAUCAGCUUUGUCUUUGUCUCACCAGUGUAGAAAACAACAACUUUUGUUCAUGGUCCAGAAGUCAGUUUUGCUGUUCAUUCACCAACGUUCCAAAUUGUCCACAAACUGCAGUUGUCAUCGGUAAUGUAACCCUAAAUUGGACUUUAUCCUGGCUUGUCUUGUUGUGGGAGACUUCUUGUGAUGCACAUGGUACUGAGACCUCGAGGGCAUACUAGCAAAAGCAUCCUUCAUGCCUUUUAAUAAUUUUAAAAUAAUUUAAAGUUUGUAGUCAUUUUUGGAUUGUUUUAAAGGCAGUCAGUUAAUUGCUAAGGCCAAAAUAUGAAGUGAGAGACAGAGGUUUCUCUCUCCUGGGCUUUCAGUGUUGAUACCGAUGGCUCAGAUUAUUUAAAAAAAAAAAAAAGUGUAUGUAUAAUAUAUAUAUACAUAUAUAUAUAUAUAUAUAUAUAUUUUACACACACACUGCAUUUUCAUUUUCUGCCGGGAUACACCUCUUUGUUCGAUUUCCGUGUUUGCAAAUUCACAUUAAUUACAGUUAAAGCCAUGCAUGGAAUUUUCUGAUGAUAUUGUUUUGCCUCCAAAAUGAAUGUGAGAAUCAGUUGGUCUGAGAAUCAAUGUUCUAGGUACAGACCUCGAGCCUUACUUUACUUUUGCAAUUUUAGUUUAGGUUUGUGUUUUGUUUUUUUAUUUUUUUUAUUUUCUUAAAGGCACCAUAGGUAGCGUUUGCCUCAAACCCAUGACAUAUUACAUUUGAGUAGUAUUUGCAUAGAAUGUAACAUUUUCAAAAAUAUCUGGUCCCAGUUCUUGUGACUGCCUUUGGGGUUCCAGUUUGGGUUAAAUCAUGUAGUUUCACUGUGAUUUAAGCCAAUCCAUGGGCUACAUUUGAAUCAGAUAAUUAAAAAAAACAUCUAGUAAAUUGAUGUUGGUGUGAGAGAUUAAAACAAAAUAUAUAUACCAUAAAUCAUGCUGUUUUGAUUCUUUUUUUCUGUAUGUUUCAAAUCCAUCUUUGACCUUACAUCAAAUGUCUUCUGCUUUUUAAGUGUUUUGUUGCCUUUAGAUGCAUAAUUAAUCCUACUUUAUUAAUUUAUGUUAUAUAAUGUGGAAUGUGUCUUAGUUCAGAAACUGUCCUGAUGAUUUCUAAUCACUGUGCAAACUGUUUCUUUGUAUUUCAGCUGUCUCAAGUAGCAGUAAUGUCCUACCUGCAACUCUGGUAUUCUUCUCUGGUUAUUCGGAUGGUUCCAUUUCUGAUCCUAAGAUUGAAACACUCUAAACGCAUGGGUUCGGUGUCCCAAAAGCCUUGCAUUUUUGCAGAUGCUUUACCAGUAGUCGGUGCUUCAAAAAAACAUUGACUGAUUCUUUUGCACCGCUGAAUAAACAUUUGUUUACUGAAGCUUUUCAUUAAUUGAAGUGACAUUCAACACACAUGAUGUAGCGUAGAUAUCUCCUGAUCAUCUUAAUGCUGUAGUGCUUUUGGGAACCUAGGUCAUGUUCCUUCAAGUGUCUGAUAAAGGGGCUUCGAUCAUUACACUCCAGAGAGUGCUGUAUAAUGGAAGUAGCAAUCAAAUUUACAAAUAGAAUGUCCUUGAACAUUAUACAUCACUGAUCUGAUGAAGACCAGGUUUUCACUUUCUUGUGUGGUAAAUUGUUCCUUGUGAUGGUAAAAACUACUGUUUCAUGAGAGUAAAGACUGGAAAAGGCCGAUAUAUUAUGCAGUGGUGUUUUUUUUUCCCCCUCAGUCUCUCACUGUUUGCUCUCCUGUGGCCUUCCAGAACAAUCUACAGAGAUUGAUUUUACACUGUGGGCCCAGAGCCACUUGUACUCUCUCCAUCUGCAUUUAUUGUUUCAGACUGUCUCUAUCCUUGUUUUUGUACGUUCAGGGUGUGUGGUUUUCUUUUUUUUAAUUGUAUUUGCCAGGGUCAGUUUCUUACAAAUAAAACAGUAUUACAUGUGUUGA